AGGAAGAAAGCAAAGGCGCGGGGCGGCCUGGGGGCGCAGCUGGCUGCCGGUCGUGUGACGUGCUUCCUGUGCGUCCCCCCUCCGUGCGUUUCUGUCGCGCCGGUCCCGCGGCUGGAAGUUGUGAAGGUGACAGCGGGAGGUGACCCGCCUGGCUUGCGCGAUGCUGGCGGCACGGCAUUUUCUCGGCGGGUCGCUUCCCGUGCGGGCGUCUGUGCGUUUCAGCAGCGGCACGACAGCACCUAAGAAAACCUCAUUUGGAUCGCUGAAGGAUGAAGACCGGAUCUUCACCAACCUGUAUGGCCGCCAUGACUGGAGGCUGAAAGGUGCCCAGAGUCGGGGUGACUGGUACAAGACAAAGGAGAUCCUGCUGAAGGGGCCGGACUGGAUCUUGGGUGAGAUCAAGACAUCCGGUUUACGGGGCCGUGGUGGCGCUGGCUUCCCCACUGGCCUCAAGUGGAGCUUCAUGAAUAAGCCCUCGGAUGGCAGGCCCAAGUACCUGGUGGUGAAUGCUGAUGAGGGGGAGCCAGGCACCUGUAAGGACCGCGAGAUCAUGCGCCACGACCCUCACAAGCUGGUGGAGGGCUGCCUGGUGGGAGGCCGGGCCAUGGGAGCCCGGGCUGCCUAUAUCUACAUCCGAGGAGAAUUCUACAACGAGGCCUCCAAUCUGCAGGUAGCUAUCCGAGAGGCCUACGAAGCAGGUCUGAUUGGCAAGAACGCCUGUGGCUCUGACUAUGAUUUUGAUGUGUUUGUGGUACGUGGGGCUGGGGCCUACAUCUGUGGAGAGGAGACGGCACUCAUUGAGUCCAUUGAAGGCAAGCAGGGAAAGCCACGCCUGAAGCCGCCCUUUCCAGCAGAUGUGGGAGUGUUUGGAUGCCCCACAACCGUGGCCAAUGUGGAGACGGUGGCUGUGUCCCCCACCAUCUGCCGUCGUGGGGGCGCCUGGUUUGCUGGCUUUGGCCGAGAACGUAACUCAGGGACCAAACUAUUCAACAUCUCUGGCCAUGUCAACUACCCCUGCACUGUGGAAGAAGAGAUGUCUGUGCCACUGAAAGAGCUGAUUGAGAAGCAUGCGGGUGGCGUCACAGGUGGCUGGGACAACCUCCUGGCUGUGAUUCCUGGCGGCUCAUCCACUCCGCUGAUCCCCAAAUCUGUGUGUGAGACAGUGCUGAUGGACUUCGAUGCACUGGUGCAGGCCCAGACUGGCCUGGGCACGGCUGCAGUGAUUGUCAUGGACCGCUCGACUGACAUUGUGAAAGCCAUUGCUCGCCUCAUUGAGUUCUACAAGCACGAGAGCUGUGGCCAGUGUACCCCCUGCCGUGAGGGUGUUGACUGGAUGAACAAGGUGAUGGCCCGCUUUGUGAAGGGGAACGCCCGGCCCGCUGAGAUCGACUCCCUCUGGGAGAUCAGCAAGCAGAUAGAGGGCCACACCAUUUGUGCUCUGGGUGACGGGGCCGCCUGGCCAGUACAGGGUCUGAUCCGACACUUCCGGCCAGAGCUUGAGGAUCGGAUGCACCGGUUUGCCCAGCAGCAGCAGGCUUGGCAGGCAGCCUCCUGAGCCCAUAUCCUAGCCUGCUGAUUUCACUUCUCUUUGGGAAGCUGGACAAUAAACAGGAGCUGCCCGUUCUCCGAUCACA